AUGCUAGGAGCGAGUUUUUCGUUGACCAAGGCUCCUCAGGGAAUUCUGGAGAUCUCCAACAAGGAGGGCAGGCUGCAGGCAUUGCGGUCGCUAGUGAACUCAGUGUGCGCCGAUGGCUUUGUCCAGCCUGCGGUGCUGGCCAGCUUGAAGGGCAGAUUUCUGUAUGCCUCGACACAUACAUUUGGCCGCGUUGCUAUGAUGGCCGUCAAGUGUCUGUCGCGACACUUGGCGGGAGGGGGCAUCUUGAAGCUUGACAACUGGGACUGCUUGCGCCUUUUCUUUGGCGAAGAAAUUCCGCAGGGCUUCGUCCGCAAGUGGAGUGCGAGCGGUAGGCGGCAGCUGGUGGGCCAGGCUGAGGUGUUGCCGGUACUGGUUGCCAAAGUCGCGUGGGCUAAGCAUUUAAAGCAUCGCAAAGUGUUGUGGUUCAUCGACAAUGACUCUGCCAAAGCAGCGCUCGGCUCUGGCUCUUCUCCUGUGCGCGACACUUUCGCGAUGCUGUGUAUCAUUGCCCAUCUGGACGUGGCUCUUGAGGCUACUCACUGGUAUACUCGAGUGCCCUCCAAGGCGAACUUGGCGGAUGACGCUUCCAGAUUGAGCUUCGAAGCAUAUCGACAUUCUUACGUGCAGACGCAUGUGGACUGGACAUCAGAUUGUAUGCAGACGAUCGUCAAGACCUGCGCAG